GUUUAGGAGUUAACUCAGAUAUUCAACCCAUCUUCACCACAUCCUCUCCACACCUUUCUCUACUCCUACCACAACAUAUAGUGAAAAUGACAUCACUACGUCCAUUCCACGCUACAGAUUUAUUCCGGGUCGACGCGGUGAACUUGGACGUGCUGACGGAGAACUAUCAUAUCAAUUUCUAUCUGUCGUAUCUGGUGAGCUGGCCGACGCUUUUCUUUUCGACUGAGAAUCCGAGGGGGGAGAUUACCGGGUAUAUGAUGGGCAAAACCGAAGGCAAGGCGAAAGAAUGGCACGGCCACGUAACCUGCCUCAGCGUCGCCUCGGAUUACCGACGGAUCGGCCUCGCGCGAACGCUAGUCGACAACCUCGAGCGACGAAGCGAAGACCCUUACGAUGCAUACUUUCUCGACCUGUUUGUGCGCGCGAGCAACGUGCAGGCGAUCGGGCUGUACAAGGGGUUCGGGUAUAGCGUGUAUCGAAGGGUGGUGGAGUAUUAUUCUGCGGAUCCGCCGGAGACUGGGGAGGACGCGUUUGAUAUGCGGAAACCGCUCAAGAGGGAUGUGAAGAGGGAGAGUAUACGGGAGGAUGGAGAGAAUUUUAGGGUGUCGCCGGAUGAGGUGUACUUAUAGACCAGACUCACAAUGCAUUAAAACGCCACGACCAAUACAGUAUUCAUA